AUGGGCCUCCGCGACAUUCUCAUCGUUCGAAAUGAUGACCGUUCUGGCGUCAAGACCAACUGGUGGAUAAACCCCGAUAUUAUCCCUCUACCUCCCAGUCGGCGAACUUGGGGUCGCACGGAGUUCUUGGGCUUUUGGUCGGUACCACAUUUGUGUAUCUCGAGCUGGACCACUGGAUCGGUGCUUGUGUCCCUGGGAUUAUCAACAUGGGAAACCGUGGCGGUAUUACUAGUCGGCCAGGGGUUAGUGGCGUAUUUGGCAAUAUGUAAUGGCUGGAUCGGUGGGAAGUGGCAUAUCGGGUUUACUGUCGCUCAGAGGGCUAUUCUGGGUGUCUACGGUUCAUUCGUCGGUAUUGUCAUGAGUGUGGUCAUGUCCAUUAUCUGGUAUGGAAGUCAGGCAUGGCUGGGUGGAUUGUGUAUUUCUGUUAUCUUGGGGAGCUGCAGUUCGGCUUUCUUGAACAUGCCCAAUACCCUUCCAGAGGGGGCAUUAAUGCAGACUAGGGAUUUGAUAUCGUUUAUUCUGUUCCACCUUCUAUCAGUCCCUUUCAUGCUCGUCGGACCCGAAAAGAUCAAACAUCCGGUUAUACUCUCGAACGUACUCGCUGUCAUCGUUAUGAUCUCUCUGACACUCUGGACCGUAAAGACCGGAGAAUUUAGAGAUCCCUCGGGCGGGUGGGAUACAGUUCAUGCCCAGACGAAUCGGUGGUGGACGUGGCUUUACGGAAUCACCUCGAUCCUUGGAUCCGUUUCGUCCGGUAUCUUGAAUCAUGCCGAUUUCACCCGGUUCGCACGAAGACAGGGGGUUCAGACCUCUGGUACACUUUUCGGAUUAUUCGUCCCGGGUACCAUCAUCCCGCUCCUCGGUAUCGUUACAGCUUCAAUGAAUACCGACGCAUCCGGCCAACCGAUCUGGAACCCCGUCGAUCUAUUGAUGGAUAGGUUAGCAAGAGACUACACCUUCCUAACCCGAGCGGCCUGCUUCUUCUGCGCAGCAGGUCUAAUCACCUCCCAACUAGCCCAAAACGUUCUCGGAAACGCGUACGCAGCAGGCAUGGGAUUGGCAGGUCUAUUCCCCAAAUACGUCAACAUCAAGCGAGGAUGUAUCAUCGCCGCGAUGCUAUCAUGGGCAUUCCAACCGUGGCAGUUUUAUUACCUGUCGUCGAUGUACCUGGACAUUCUCUCCGACUUUUCGGUAUUUUUGAUGCCAUUGACGGGGAUUAUGAUUAGCGAUUUCUUUUUGGUUAGACGUCAGAGGAUACAGCUUACGCAUCUGUAUACGAGGGAUACAUCUGGAAGCUAUUAUUUCACUUAUGGAGUAAACUGGCGGGCGUUAUUCGUCUGGCUUGCUUGUGUGGCUCCAGCUAUUCCUGGAAUGAUCGAUAAUCUUCAAAUCAAGGAUCGAACGGAAGUUACAGUCGCGGUACUAUACUACAGAGGAUUCUGUAUCUUUGGAUUCGUACAGAGUUUGGUGGUGUACUGGGGCAUUAUGAGGUGUUUCCCACCGAAGGGAUUGGGAGAACAAGAUGAAGUCGAUGUGUACGGAACAUUUGCGAGUGAAGAAGCAAUUGAUCUAGGUAUCACACCGUUUAACAAGGAGUUCGAAGUUGAAGGUGAACGGUUGAGGGGUAGUUUCGAUGACUUGGAACUCGAAGAUUUGGUGGAAGAUGAGAAGGAGAAAAGUGAGAAAGAGGAGUUGAAGGAUGUGGAUUUGGAAGAUGGGGAAGAUCAAGGAUUGUUGAAGGAGAGGUUCGGGGCGAGAGUAAUAUGA